AAGGAGGGGGAAGCAGGCCGUCUGAGUUAUGCUUGCCUGCACUCUCUCCCGCCCCAUCAAUUCUUCUCCUUCUCUUUCUCCCUCUGCAGUCUGUCCUUGCUCACAAGGCUCUCCCACAGCGACAACACAGAGAGAGUCUGAGAGAGAGAGGCGUGGGAAACGCGAAGCCGGAGAAGGUCGAACGGAAGAGUCGAUAAUGGAAGGAAGGGGAGGAGGAGCAGGAAGAGCCGGAGGGGUAGCAUAGAAGAGGUUCCCACGUGCGAAGUGAUCUUUGAAAAAUAUGCUGGCCGGGAAAUGUUGAAGUUUUACUGUAUGCUGGUUAGGAGAGCAGUAGAUGGUAUCAUUUGUUUCUCACUACAUCAAAAACUUCAACCAUUCAUGCGGACAACUGAAAGGCGGUAACCAAUCUCCAAGAAUUCUCAUUCCUGACAGGAACAAACAUACGUCACAUUUAUGAUGCUCGAUGUAUAGAGCCACUAUGGAGAGUGUUCCUUGUUCAAAAACACUAAUGUCGGAGGGAAAAGGCUUUUCAGUUGACCAGGUACCAAAACUGCCUGCAUAUUCUUCGAACUUGUGGAAAUCACAGCACCCAGACGCUCAUCUUCACGGGAAAACAUGGAAGGGUAAAGGUUUUGUAUCAAGUCACGAAGGAUCUGUACCUAGGGUCGUGAAAUCAGCCCAAACAGUAGAGAAGGUUAACUGCCAACCAACGUCUGCCGUGGUGGAACCAGUCAUAGCAGUACAUCCCGUCAAGAAUAAUACUAUGGCUGCACCUUCUGCAAUGAAUAGGGCCCCUUCAAUUAAAGCAUGUAAGACCUCAAACACAUCGAACUUGUGUGAGGAAUGUACACAGAGCUCCUUUUCUGGAGUAAGCCAUCCACCAGAGCCUGUGGAUAGUGACCUAAUGCAGGCAGUUUAUGUAACCAUUGAUCAGAAUAAUUCCACAAAUGAAAGGUGCUUUAAAGCUGUUCCUUUGAAAGGUCCAUUACUAGAAGAUCUUUCCAUAAGUAUUCCAGCCAUAAAACUGGAUACUUGCUCCCCAUCUCCAGCUGAAAGCCUGGUUGAAGAGGCUGAUGAACUAGGAGGGUCAACGGAUCCACUGUCAACCAAUUCUGAGCAUGCAGAUCCGCAGGGGCCUGCUUUAUCAAGUUCCUUGGAGGCUAAACCUGCUCCAAUGAGUGAAUGCCUAGCUGAGAUGGAGGAGAAGGAGUGCAUAUGGGAUGCUUCAUUGCCGCCAAGUGGUAAUGUUAGCCCUCACAGUAGCAUAGAUAGUACUGGAGUUGUCACUGCCAUGAGCAUCGUCAACAGUUCGACCAGCGCUUACAGAAGUGAUGGGACACUGAGCAUGGAGAGAACCUGUGAGAGCGCCAAGGGUGAUUCACUUGGGAGUGCCAAAACCAGCAUUAGCAGAGCAAGUGAUAGUAGUGGUCUCAGUGAUGACAGCAAUUGGAGCAACGUUACUGGUAGCGCCAGUAAACCUCACAAAGGCAAUGAUCCAAGGUGGAAGGCGAUUAUAGCUGUUCGUGCUCGGGAUGGCAUCUUAGGGAUGAGCCACUUUCGACUACUCAAGAGACUUGGUUGUGGUGACAUAGGGAGUGUCUAUUUGUCAGAGCUGAGCAGCACCAGAUGCUACUUUGCAAUGAAGGUGAUGGAUAAAGAAUCCCUUGCAAGACGAAAAAAAUUAACAAGGGCACAAACAGAAAGGGAAAUUCUCCAGCUGCUGGAUCAUCCUUUCCUUCCAACUCUAUAUACACAUUUUGAGACUGAUAGAUUUUCUUGCUUGGUAAUGGAAUUCUGUCCUGGAGGAGACCUGCACACAUUGCGGCAGAGACAACCAGGAAAGCACUUCUCCGAAUAUGCUGCACGGUUCUAUGCAGCAGAGGUUCUCCUGGCCCUUGAGUACCUCCAUAUGCUGGGGGUAGUUUACAGAGACUUGAAGCCUGAGAAUGUCCUUGUCCGGGAAGAUGGUCACAUCAUGCUGUCAGAUUUUGAUCUCUCUUUGCGCUGCGCAGUUAAACCUACCUUAAUUAAAUCCUCUAUGUCUGAUUUUGACCCAUCCAAGCGGGGAAAUGCAUUCUGUGUCCAACCUGCCUGCAUAGAACCAACAUCCGCUUGCAUCCAGCCAGCUUGCUUGCUUCCUCGCAUAUUCCCUCAGAAAAACAAGAAAAACAAGAGGAAGCCCAGAAUGGAAGUAGGGCAGCCUGUCACCAAACUUCCUGAACUUGUUGCAGAGCCCACCGCUGCCAGAUCUAUGUCCUUCGUGGGAACUCACGAGUACUUGGCCCCUGAAAUUAUCAAGGGUGAAGGCCAUGGAAGUGCAGUUGAUUGGUGGACGUUUGGUAUCUUCCUUCAUGAACUUCUUUACGGAAAGACUCCUUUCAAAGGAGCAGGCAACCGCGCUACGCUUUUCAAUGUAGUUGGGCAACAACUGCGGUUUCCAGACGCACCAGUCACGAGUUACGCAAGCAGGGACCUGAUCCGAGGACUCCUUGUGAAGGAGCCACAGCAUCGGCUAGGAGUGAAGAGGGGAGCAACAGAAAUCAAGCAGCAUCCAUUUUUCGAAGGUGUAAACUGGGCAUUGAUACGGUGCAGCACGCCACCAGAGGUUCCAAGGUCAUUCGACACAGACUUGCCAGGGAAAUUUGGUGCUGCUGGCCCUGCUGCCACAGCUGCUACAGUGGGGGUUGGUAGCAGCAGCAAGAAGACAGUGGGAGCAGAUGUGAAGCCUGCUGGGAAAUAUUUGGACUUCGAGUUCUUCUAAUCUGGUUUAGUAUUUAAUCAAUGUGAAAGCAGUUUUCUUGGUAGCCACCAGAUGUUGCAGAUAGCAUGGGUAUUGGUUGGAUACAGAGGCUGUUGUAGUCAUUUAUGAAGAAAAUAGCACUUGCACUGAACGGGAACAUUAGCAGGAGCAAGCAUGAAUAUUGAUUGAUAAAUGGUAAAUAUAGGACGCUAUAAUCAUUUCUUCUAAAAAGUUCACGUUCCUCCUCCAUUGAUGUGAAAGUCUACAAUCUCCACAGGGACAUCUCAUGCAGAGUUUUAAGGCCGUGUUGAGUGCUUUUCCAUAGCUAGGACUCUGUGCUGAUGCGAAUGAUUUCUGUCCCUCUAACUGUACUUAACAAUUUACCGGGGAGCUAUCUCUGGUUCUUAAGGCCAGAUCACGGCUGCCACCUUUCUAACCAAAGCUACUGAGCCAAAUACUGUAAAUAACCACUGUACCUGCUACUUCUCUUACGGUAUCGGAUUUUCAUGCUUCGGACAGUA